GUCCACUCGCGCAGGUCACAGUCGUACGAGCCUCUCUUGCUUGAAAACGAGCGAGAGGCAGUGGCAGAUCUUUUACAAUAUUUGGAGAAUCGAACGACCACCAACUUCUUCACGGGAUCCCCGCUUUCCGCGCUGACCACACUCUCAUUUUCUGACAAUGUCGACCUCCAACGCAGUGCGGCUCUCGCUUUCGCUGAAAUCACCGAGAAGGAAGUGCGACCCGUCGGACGUGACACGCUUGAUCCCAUUUUAUUCCUGCUCAGCAGCCUUGACACGGAGGUACAGCGGGCUGCGAGUGCUGCGCUUGGAAAUUUGGCUGUGAAUAGUGCGUCCUUUCUUUCUCUUCAUAGCAUGCGGAUGUCUGAAAAGGUUGCAUUUGGUGUGAUAGCCGACAACAAGCUGCUCAUCGUCAAACUUGGUGGCCUCGAGCCCCUCAUCCGUCAAAUGCUUAGCCCAAACGUAGAGGUGCAGUGCAAUGCCGUUGGUUGUGUGACGAACUUGGCCACCCACGAUGACAACAAGACGAAGAUCGCCAAGUCAGGAGCUCUGGUUCCACUGACACGGUUAGCACGUUCAAAGGAUAUGCGGGUUCAACGGAACGCCACAGGUGCAUUGUUGAACAUGACACAUUCAGACGAGAAUAGACAACAACUCGUGAACGCUGGCGCUAUCCCUGUCCUGGUCAGCUUGCUGAACUCGCCUGACACGGAUGUUCAGUAUUACUGCACAACUGCGUUGAGCAACAUUGCCGUCGACGGCUCAAACCGGAUGAAAUUGGCCCAGAGCGAGCCCAAGCUAGUGACGAGCUUGGUCCAAUUAAUGGAUAGCCCGAGUUUGAAAGUCCAGUGCCAAGCUGCGCUGGCGCUUCGAAAUCUGGCCAGUGACGAGAAAUAUCAACUCGAGAUCGUGAAGUCGGAUGGACUCCAGCCUCUCUUACGCUUGCUUCAAUCCACUUAUCUACCCCUCAUCCUCUCUUCAGCAGCAUGCGUCCGGAACGUGUCUAUCCACCCUCAGAAUGAAUCUCCCAUCAUCGAAUCUGGGUUCCUACAGCCGCUAAUCAACCUCUUGUCGUUCAAAGAUAACGAGGAAGUGCAGUGCCAUGCGAUCUCCACCCUGCGUAACUUGGCUGCGAGCUCGGAGAAGAACAAGCAGGCAAUUGUCAAGGCUGGCGCGGUGCACUCGAUUAAGGAGCUCGUCUUGGAGGUACCCAUGAAUGUUCAAAGUGAAAUGACGGCGUGUGUAGCUGUGUUGGCUUUGAGCGACGAUUUGAAAGGACAGUUGUUGGAAAUGGGUAUAUGUGAGGUGCUUAUUCCUUUGACAAACUCGCCAAGUUCGGAAGUACAGGGCAACAGUGCCGCUGCGCUGGGUAACUUGUCAUCGAAGGCUACAGAUGACUACUCAGCUUUCAAUGACGUUUGGGACAAACCAGAUGGUGGCAUGCAUCAUUAUCUCCAUCGCUUCUUGAGUAGCCCAGACGCCACAUUCCAGCACAUCGCUGUGUGGACUAUUGUGCAGCUUUUGGAAUCAGGAGAUCCUCUGCUCAUCACAAACAUCCGCAGCUCAAACCUCUUGGUGCCGAACGUGCGCGAACUUGGCAGCUCACGUUCUGUCACCCCAACAUCAUCCGCUGGCGGAACACCGCGAUCUCAUCACUCCCAGGCUCAUUCCUACUCAGAAACUGAGACAGGCGAGGGCCAUGGCGAGAUUCAGCUCCUGGCUCGCAAGAUCUUGGAGUUUGUAGACGGAGAUGAGCCUGUCAUCCCUGCCAGCUUGGUACCGUCUCACAUUCAGCCCGGCUCCUCUGUUGGGCGCGAUUCAAAUGUGAGCGGAAAGGACCACGAGGAGCUUAGACGGAGCGUGCGCGAGGCGUUCGGUUCCAGUUCAUAUGGGCAUCAGUGA